AUGAAAAUUUAUGACGCCCCAGCAUCCAACCCGAUGGUAGUUCGCCUCUUCGUACUCGAAAGAGGUGGAAUAAGCCUUGACGUUGAGACCAUCGACGUCAUGAACAUGGAGAAUAGAGGCCUUGAAUAUCGAAAGAUCAACCCCCGAGGAGAGGUUCCCGCGCUCGUUCUCGAUAAUGCACAAGGCGGAAAGUCACUCUUCGGCGAAACACCCAUUGAACGUGCCGAAACGCGCUUGUGGCUGAGACGAAUGGACCUCGAAAUCGCACAACCUAUCAUCUCGUGGGUUCGCAACGAUCCGGGCACUGCGGACUUUGACAUAGGACAUCGGAUUCCUAUCCCUGAGGCGAGAAUGGCACAGAAGGCUACCAUUCAGCAGUAUCUUAACCUGUUGGAUGAACAAUUGGAGGGAAAGAAGUAUCUUUGUGGUGAGAGGUUCUCGGCGGCGGACACUCACUUCUACGGUCUGAUGAAAGGAAAGACCACUGGAAUGGCACCAUGGAUACUUCAUCCGUGGAGGAAGAAUAUUGUUAGUUAUUUUGAGAGAAUGGAUGCUAGGCAGGCUAGCAAGAAGGCGUUGGAGGUCUUUGGAGCAAGAUUUGAAGCUCGAUAG